GACGUCACUACCCAUAGAGAGGACGGAGAAGAAGAGACCCUCCCCGGUGGGGCAUAAAAGCAAGCAAGCUCGAAUCUUUGCGCGCGGGCUUCCACACUCUGUCACAAACUGGGUAGUCGCCUGUCAAGCUUGAAACAUACCUCUCACGCAGGUGGUUGCUGCGCUGUCAACCCGGGCACCGCGUGUCCAGCGAUAUUCUGCGGAAGAACUGCUCUUCUUGAGCGGAGCGUUCUCCGGCACUCUGGCCCCAAAGCCCCAUCCCGCCUCCACAGAGGCCGACAAGCACGAUGGCGGCGGCUCUUGAUGUCGCGAGGCAUGCCGCCGAGCAAACCACGAUCCGUCGUGCGCUGGCCGGCGUCGCUGUCGCCUAUGCCGGUUACAAGGUCCUCGUUGCUCUGUACAACAUCUCGCCCUUCCAUCCACUGUCUCGCUUUCCCGGCCCGAGGCUUGCGGCAGCAGGAUACUUUUACGAGGCAUACUACGAUUGGAUUCGUGGUGGGAAGUAUACGCAAGAGAUCAAGCGCAUGCACGAGAAAUAUGGCCCCAUCGUCCGCAUCAACCCCGACGAGCUCCACUGCAACGACCCUCUGUUCACCGACGAGAUAUAUGCCGGUCCGGGACGAGUCAGAGACAAAUGGUACCACCAGCUCAACACGGGCGGUGCCGGGCCCGUGUCGGUGACUGCCUUCUCGACCGUCCCGCACGAGGUGCACAAGAUGAAGAAGGCCCCCUAUGCGCGCUUCUUCUCCCGCCAACAGAUCGCCAAGCUCGAAGGCGAGGUCCUCGACGCCGCGCAGCUCGUGACGAACAAGAUGCUGUCCAUCGCGCAGUCCUCGAAGAAGGCCAGCGAGAGCCAGCACGGCGAGGUCUUCGACGUCAAGGACGCCUUCAACUGCUACACGGCCGACGUCAUCGGGCAAUAUGCCUUUGGCACCUCCAUGGGCUUCAUCACACAGGAGGGCUGGACGCCCAACUUUGCGACCUGGGUCAAGUCGUUUCUGCAGUCGGCCUACACGAUGCGGCAUAACGCGGUGGCGCGCAAGGUCGCGCAGUACAUCCCACUCAUGGCGGACUACAUGGGUGAGGAUAUUGCCACUGUCAUGAGGCAGAUGAAUGUCGUCAUUCCGGGGUACAUCCAGGCUGCACUGGACGAUCCGGAGAACGGGCGUGUGUUUGCCGAGGUCCUGCAGAACAAGAGUCUUCCAGAUAGCUACAAGGACAUGUUCCACCUGUCUGGAGAAGGGUUCAAUUUUCUGCUAGCAGGGACAGAGACUACUGCAGCCAUUCUCACCGUCAUCACAUAUCACCUCCUCCACCAGCCAGCCAUCUACAAGCGCCUUAUGCAGACCCUUGACGACACCUCUCCCUCCACGCUGAAAUGGUCCCACCUCGAGAACAAGCCUUACUUCUGGGCCAUCGUACAGGAGUCUCUACGCAUCAUGCCGGGCGUCUCGCACCGCUCCGCGCGCAUCGCGAGGGAUGAAGACCUGCACUACAAGAGCGCGAGCGGCGACGUCGUCUACGUCGUCCCGCGCGGCACGCCGAUCGGCAUGUCCUCCGUGAUCAACCACAUGGACCCUGGUUUGUUUCCCGAUCCGGAGGCGUUCAGACCCGAGCGGUGGCUUCUGGAGGAUGGAUCGCCAAACUACAAGCUCCAGAAGUAUUUGCUGGCUUUCAGCCGGGGAAGUCGGUCUUGUAUUGGCGAGAAGUGAGUUCCCUCCCCCUCCCCCCUUCCCGCUACGUUCCCUUUUCGUGCCUUGAUCAAUCGAUGAGGCCGAAAGUCUUCAGAAAGUCCAAAGGCUGACAACGGUAAUCCACAGUCUUGCAUACUGCGAGAUCUACA